GGCGGGCAUUGCAACACAAAAGAUCCGUAGGAAACCAUGGUUACAAUCAAUUCCUGAUAUUUGACCUCUGCACUAUGGCUAGCCAACGUGCCCUUCCACAGAGCAAAGAGGCCCUACUGAAGUCUUACAACAAGAAACUAAAAGAUGAUAUCAAGUCAAUGUUAGAUAACUUUACAGAAAUCAUCAAGCUUGCAAGGGGAGAAGAAGAAUCUCAGGUGUCAAAGACAACACAGAUAGAACAAGACCAGUAUGAAAUGCAGGUUCGCGGUUCUAACAUUGUGAGGGCUGGAGAAUCCCUGAUGAAACUGGUAUCAGAUUUGAAGCAGUUCCUCAUCCUCAAUGACUUUCCUUCUGUGAAUGACUCUAUUACGAAGAACAGUAAACUUUACAAGGAUCUACAGAGUGAAUGUGAUGCUAAACUGUUAACACUCCGUGAUGAUAUGGCUGUUGACUUGUUUGAGCUGGAGGACGAGUAUUACUCAUCAAGUUACAAGUGACCUCAUGUUUAUAUAUUUAAUAGACUUUCAAUGUCUGAAAAUGUUUGUUGAAAUAUUUUUUUUCCCAAAUGGUGCAAUUUGUUGAGAAUACAGGUAAGAAUGUAAAUUUAUUGCCAUGAUUUCACUGCUCCUCCAAACCUGAUGUAUUGAUCGAUACUGAUAUUAACUUCUACAAAUCAGAAGGAUAAGCUAUAAAGCAAAUACAAGCAUGACUCUACAAUCCAGCUUUAAUGCUAUGAUACUGAAUGUUAACAUUUUGCCAUUGUUGUGGAAAUAUAAAGAUAACUAUUAGUGCUUUAUUGAAUUUUGCAAUUGCAGCAAAUUUGAAAAUUAUUUGCUGCAAGUGAAGACAUGGAAAAUAAAUACGAUUUUUAUGGCUAAA